AGGCGAUCUCCACAAAAAACCGCAAUUAUAAUUAAAGUUAUCUUAUCUAACUUAUGUACAAUUAGGUUACAAUUAUAUAAGGCAUAUAAUAAUUAUCAUGGUAUACCCUACACCAUUAACUGCAGUUAGUAGAAAGUUAACAGACAAUAUUGUCAUAACUUCACUGCCAUUUACAAGAGCUAACCAUUUCAAUUUUGGUGGUAGAAUGGCUUUGAUAAAGUAUGAUGAUUCCAUUAUCGUAUGGUCUGCUUUACCUUAUGGGCCAGAAGUUCUUAAGGCUUUACAACUUUUAGAGAGUAAUGAUAAACAAGAAACAUUCAAUGUGACACAUUUGAUUGUUCCAGAUCGUGAACACACUUUAGCAGCUGUUUCAUUUAAGGAAAAGUUUCCAGCUUUAAAGAUCAUCGCAAUGGAUACAGUUAAAUUCGACAAGUUUAAAGUAGACUAUGAGGUUGGCGAGUCUCUUGGUAACCAAUUAUUGACCAAAGAGGUCUUAGCUGAUAAGGUUGGAAUUAAAGAAAGUGUCAUUUUGAAUAAUUUACAAUUUGUGUAUUUACCUUUCCAUGCUAAUCAAGAAUUAAUAGUUUAUGACAUUAACCACAAAAUCUUAUUUGAGGCUGAUUUAAUCUUUAAUUUGGGUAUUCCAGGUACCACAUCAGGAAAAGUUACUUUAGAGCAAUACUCUCCAGCAACUGGAUAUAUUAAAGGAUUUAAUCCUCAUGGUGGUUGGUCAUUUCUUACAAGGUAUAUGCAACCAUAUAGUAAGGUAGGCAAAUUCUUAUUUAAUAAGUUUGUAAAUCCUGCUAAGAGUGCGGCAGGUUUAAAAGCUAUUUACGGCUUGGAUUUCCAAUCUAUUGUAUUAUGUCAUGGAAAUAUUAUUGAUAAGAAUGCCAAAGAAGUAUUCAAACAUGUAUUUGAAUCAAGUUUAUAGUUGUAUGGGUUCAUAUGCCUAUUAACUAACAGGUUAAAUCGGUUAAUUUAUAUUUAUACAUCUACUUUCUUAACUCAUUAUCGGAAGAUUAAAGUGGGGGAGGGGGUCACAUGGUUAGUAUACUUUUCUAAUUAUCCGUCUACAUUACCUUACCUUACCUUACCUUAUUUAAUAGUCUAUGUUUUAAUAUAUUUAUUCUUAAUAAUUUCGGACUGUGGAUCCGGAGGGUGAAACAUCCACACUGCAAUACUUACCCCACAAAAAUAAACUCUAUUUCCUCGGAUACGCUUAAUAAGAUUAUACGAAACAUCGUUCCAGUCAAAUUUCUUUUUUUUUUUU